AAGACAGGAGAAAUGGGAUUUAGCUGCAAGGACAUCCAGUAGACUCAGACAUGACAAGAAGACAGAUCUGCAACCUGGUGGAAGUGAGCUCUAGGAUAAACCACGUUGAAAACGUUCAACUCCAACUGGAUUUUAAAAUCUGGAACCCAAGAAAACCAUGCAGUUAGGAACCAAAGGUCUGGCUGCUCAAUGAACUCAAGUCACAGCUGGAAGAACCAUGGACUGUUGGAGGAAAAUACAAAGUAGUGGCUGGAUUUUUCCUACUUUGCUCCUGUGUAUAUAUGGCUUCUUUGCCAUGAUGAGACCAUCAGAGCCUUUCCUUACACCUUACCUAACUGGACCUGAUAAAAACCUGACCAUAGAGGAGGUAACACAGAAAGUUUUCCCAGUUUGGACAUACUCCUACUUGGCUCUGCUGUUUCCUGUGUUUCUGCUUACAGACUAUGUACGCUAUAAGCCUGUCAUUAUCAUCCAGGGAAUUAGCUUAAUUAUUACUUGGCUGUUGCUUUUAUUUGCACAUGGUGUGUGGGCCAUGCAGCUGGUGGAGUUCGCCUACGGAAUGGUGACUGCUACAGAGGUGGCCUAUUAUGCCUACAUAUACAGCGUUGUCAGUGUUGACCAUUACCAGAAGGUGACAAGUUUUUGCAGAAGCAUCACUUUGGUGGCAAUCACUGCAGCUUCCUUGCUGGGGCAGCUUUUAGUCUCUUUAGCCCAUGUGCCUUAUUUUUAUCUGAAUGCCGUAUCAUUGGCUUCUGUCUCAGUAGCACUUAUAUCUUCAUUCUUUCUGCCAAUGCCUCAAAAAAGUAUGUUCUUUCAUAGAAAAUCUUCCCCAGAACUAUCCAUUGGGUUGACAGACAAGAAUCCAUCAAAUACAUCCAACCAGCCAAAUCACCAGCAUGAUAAAGAUGUUAUGACACCAUCUGAAAACGCUCAGAAAAUUCACCAAUCCUGCAAAAACCAAGAACAAAACCACUUUCUGGCAGUGCUAGUACAACUGUGCAAGGAUUUGAAGGAAUGCUAUACCACAAAGAAACUUCUUUAUUGGUCAAUAUGGUGGGCAUUAGCCACUGCAGGCUUUAACCAGAUCUUGAAUUAUGUUCAAGUGCUAUGGGAUGAUAAAGCACCUUCUCACAGCUCUGCAGUUUAUAAUGGUGCUGUUGAAGCAAUAGCAACAUUUCUAAGUUCAAUUACAUCGCUUGCUGUGGGAUAUGUGAAAAUAAACUGGGAUCUAACAGGAGAAAUGGCAUUGGGAAUCUUCUCAGCAAUAGAUGCUAGUUCACUUUUCUUGAUGCAUUUUACCGGAAGCAUCUGGGUCUGCUAUGCUGCCUAUUUAGUUUUCAAGGCAUGUUACAUGCUACUGAUAACCAUUGCAACAUUUCAGAUUGCAGUCAGUCUCAGCAUGGAACGCUAUGCUUUAAUGUUUGGGCUCAACAACUUUGUUGCACUGCUAAUUCAGACUGUUCUGACAGUUACGGUGGUGGAUUCCACAGGACUAGGACUGGAUAUUGGGACUCAGUUCCUCAUAUAUGGCAGCUAUUUUGCUGCCAUAGCUGGGAUUUUUCUAAUCAGAAGCAUUUACACUAUUAUCUCAAUCAAAUGCCAAAAGAACUUUGCUGAAAAUUCUCAGACACAUGAAGAAGAUACAAGAUUGUGAAGAAGACACAAGAUUGUGACUGAACAGCUGAACAAAAGGAGGGCCUUGAAACUGCUAAGGCAUAAAAAUAAUACAAAACUGCAUAAAAGUUACAAAGCCAAAUGACUAUCCAGUUUAACAGAUGCAUGUUGUUUGUGUGUGUGUGUGGGGGAGAUGUAGAAUGUGUUUAGCUAAUGGAGUAGCAAAUUAGUCCCUAUCUCACUUCUAAGUCAUUAUCAUUUAUAGGUUAUCUCAACGUAGCUUACCAUGUUCCAGUUGUGUUGUCUAGCAUACUUAAUAUUUACAGAUUCAUCUCCUCACUGCAGGACUCCAACCCACAUGGCUUUUUGUUUGGGGAGUCCCUGACUUUUGGGGGAGUGGAGAAACAUCUCAUCUUCUGCUUGGAAAUAACCAACAAAUAAUUCAGUUAACUUUUAUUGAGUUAGUAGUAGAAGCUUCAGUCCCAUUAACUUUCAAUUAAAUGUGAUCUAAAAAUCUUGUUUUCUAUAUAAUAGGGCUAUGUAAAAAUUAACAAAAAUUAUGUGUUUUAUACACUUAUAGUCCAUUUAUUUAUUAUGGGGAAAAGAGAAGCACCCUUUGUACAAAUGUAGGCUGGACAAUCAGUAUGCCAUGUAGCAUUAAGUCUUUGAGUGGAUUAUGUCCUAUAUUAAAGAUGGUCUGCUAUUGGCAUCUGCAUUAAAAACAACUCUGUUAAAGGGGAGACUAUAUGCCCUGUUGUACCUGCAGGGAAAAUCUUAUCUUUACACCACUGCAGUUUGCCAAAGCUCUCUUUCUCUUAUAUAGCUAAUAACAGUAGAAGAGAGCAUUAACCAGUUACUAUUGAGACACACAAACUGAUGCAGUAAAAAAAAUAUUAAAAUUAUUAUUAUUACAUUAAUGGAAAGUGUUUCAUGCCCGUUAGGCUAGGUGAUAAAACAGAAUCAUCACUAGUCUGAAAAGCUAAUAAUUCUUAUUCAAGGGAGUCGCAGUUAAUUAGAAAGAGGUUCAUUUGUUCUUAGGUUACACUUUUCAAUUAGCAACCUGAUCUAUUUGGUUUACUAUCAUCAGAUCCUCUGAAGAUGCCAGCCACAGGUGCAGGCAAAAUGUUAGGAGAAAAUGCUACUGAAAAACGGCCAUACAACCUGGAAGACCCACAACACCCCAGUGACCUACUUUUCUUUUUAUCUUUCUGUUAUCACAAUACCUGGCACUUUUCCCAUUUCCAGUAAAAUGGAAAUCCAAUGCUGUGUUGA